UAGCUUCGAUUACGAAAAUAUGGAUCAAAGUAACUUUGAUAACGAAAAUGAGAUAGAUUAUUCUAACACACAAUUGAAUGAAUUUGGAAACCAUAAUGACAGUAUAAAUAUGGUAGAAACAUCUUCGCAUACAGAAAUAAUCGAAAACUCACUCCAAGAAUAUCGUUUAUCUACAAAUGAUCGAAGUGAUGACUAUAAUAAUUCUGAUAGUUCCAUUCAAAGCGACCAAAAUAAUAAUUCAGAAUGGGAUGGACACGACAUCUAUGAAGAAGUCGAUUUCAGUGAAGAAACAGAUAAUGAAGAUUACGAAAGAAUUACACCAUCUUCGUUAUUAAAU